UCCGGCUGCCGGCUUGACAUGCAGAAGUCGCGGCUUGGGAGGCUGGGGCUGCGGUGGUGGCGGGCGGCGGGCCUCAGGACGCGGAGCGACACGGCCUAGCGCGGCAGACGGCCGAGGGGACUCGGGCAGCCAGCCAGGCCCGACAUGGAGAUGGAGAAGGAGUUCGAGCAGAUCGACAAGGCCGGGAACUGGGCGGCUAUUUACCAGGAUAUUCGACAUGAAGCCAGUGACUUCCCAUGCAGAGUGGCGAAACUUCCUAAGAACAAAAACAGGAACAGGUACCGAGAUGUCAGCCCUUUUGACCACAGUCGGAUUAAAUUGCACCAGGAGGAUAAUGACUACAUCAAUGCUAGUUUGAUAAAGAUGGAAGAAGCCCAGAGGAGCUAUAUUCUCACCCAGGGCCCUUUACCAAACACAUGUGGGCACUUCUGGGAGAUGGUGUGGGAGCAGAAGAGCAGAGGCGUGGUCAUGCUCAACCGCAUCAUGGAGAAAGGCUCGUUAAAAUGUGCCCAGUAUUGGCCACAGAAGGAAGAAAAAGAGAUGGUUUUUGACGACACAAAUUUGAAAUUGACACUAAUCUCUGAAGAUGUCAAGUCAUAUUACACAGUACGACAGUUGGAGUUGGAAAACCUGGCCACCCAGGAGGCCCGAGAGAUCCUGCAUUUCCACUACACCACGUGGCCCGACUUUGGAGUUCCUGAGUCGCCUGCCUCUUUCCUCAACUUCCUAUUCAAAGUCCGAGAGUCAGGCUCGCUCAGCCCAGAGCAUGGCCCCAUUGUGGUGCACUGCAGUGCUGGCAUCGGCAGGUCGGGGACCUUCUGUCUGGCUGACACCUGCCUCUUGCUGAUGGACAAGAGGAAAGACCCCUCUUCCGUGGAUAUCAAGAAAGUGCUGCUGGAGAUGCGCAGGUUCCGCAUGGGCCUCAUCCAGACUGCCGACCAGCUGCGCUUCUCCUACCUGGCUGUGAUCGAGGGUGCAAAGUUUAUCAUGGGCGACUCCUCAGUGCAGGAUCAGUGGAAGGAGCUCUCCCAUGAAGACCUGGAACCCCCACCCGAGCAUGUACCCCCACCUCCCCGGCCACCCAAGCGCAUCCUGGAGUCUCCCAAUGGGAAAUGCAAGGAGUUCUUCUCCAACCACCAGUGGGUGAGCGAGGAGACCUGUGAGGAUGAGGACAGCCUGGCCAGAGAGGAAGGCAGAGCCCCCUCAAGUGCCAUACACAGCAUGAGCAGCAUGAGUCAAGACACUGAAGUUAGGAAGCGGAUGGUGGGUAGAGGUCUUCAAGGUACCCAGGCAUCUGUUCCCACCAAGGAAGAGCAGCCCCCAACAGAGGAAGAGCAAAAGCCACACUGGCCAACUCACUGGAAGCCCUUCCUGGUCAAUGUGUGCAUGGCCACGGUCCUGGCGACUGGUGCAUACCUCUGCUACCGGGUAUGUUUUCACUGACGGACUGCUGUGAGGCCUGAGUGCAGUGGGCACUGCUGCUGCCCAGCUCAGGAUUCAGUCUGCGGCAUCUGACCCGGUGUUGGGGGAACAGCUCGCAAGCCUGCGGGGGAACUGGAAGGGCCAGCCCCAGGAGGGGUAUCAGUGCACUGGGCUUUGAAGGAGCCCUUGGUCCCAAGAACAGGGUCUAAUCUCAGGGCCAUAACCUGUUCAGGAGAAGUAGAGGAAAUGCCAAAUACUCUCACUCACUCGCUCACCUCACUCCUUCUCCCUCUUUCUCUGGUUCGUUUGUUUUUGGAAAAAAAAAAAAAGAAAGAAAGAAUUACAACACACUGUUGUUUUUAACAUUUAUAAAGGCAGGUUUCUGUUAUUUCUGGGGGAGAAAAAGACGCCAGGCACUCAGGAGAUUCUCCUGUGCCCUUUGGCGUGUGAUUAGAUUCAUAACUUACAUUGAUUUCCCAGGGGAAGGAUCCCAACCAGUCAGGGUGUAAAGCUCCUGCUGGCUUGGGCAACCCCCACUAUGCUCCCUGAGCUUGCAGGUGCCCUGGAGUCACCCUGCUGUGAGGAGAGCAACAGCACAGGCUGUGUCUAAACACAGGCCCGGCUCUGCUUCGCUCAGGUGUCCCUGCUGCGUU